AUGGCUUCUGAUCCCACUCCUCCCAAAGGAGGAAUGUCACUGUAUGCCAAUUUACUAAAUCCCUCUACCGAUACGCCUGGCAGCAUCUCCCGUGCCCCUGUUGUUUUUAAACAGCCGGAGACCGAACCUCCACCCGAUGACACGGCUAAAAAGCAACGACUGAAUCCUGCUUCUCUUCGGUUUCAACCCCCCAAAAGACCACAGCUCUCAGCUCAGAAGCCUAAACCGAAACAUACAUUACCCAAGGCAGUGCCACAGCCCUCAGCUAACCCUUCGGUACCGACAAAGAGCACUUUGGCUGAUUGGACCGCUGUGGAAGAUGAUGAUUAUGAGUACGCGCGCGAGAAGCGACAGCGCGGUGGAAGAAAGAAGCGCAAGAAGAACUUUGAAAUCCAUGUCGUCCAAAACUGGGAAGACAUCUACGACCCUUCUCGACCAACCAAUUGCGCAGAAUACCGCCAUAGUGAUGAGACAAUCGGGGAAAUUCGCGAGUGGAAGGAUGCCUUAUAUGCGCAUGUCAGGAAGCGCUCACCCAGCAGAUAUUCCGACAGCGAGGAUUAUGAUCGGCCAAACAAGCGUAUGUUUGGGUCUUUUGCGGUUAAUGAGGACAUCCAGACUGAAUCAAAAUCACUAGGACAAUUUGCUCCUCCAAGUAACUUUGCGCCGCCGCCAAAUCUUAACGAUGUGCCACCAUCAGCUUCUAUCCCCAAUGACCCAUCCGGUGACGAUGCAUUUGCUCGCCGGGCAGCAUUAGGACAACGCUUCGACAACAGUUCCAUUACCGCUCAGGCCCAACUCCCUACCUCACCUCCAUCCCGCACUGAACAUCCCACCCAAAUUCCCGAUGACCGCACUGGCGAAGACGCGUAUAUGCACCGCUUCCAGAGAGCUGAGAACACACCAUCGGGACAAGCCAUACCGCCGCCUCCUCCUCCUCCUCCUCCUCCUCCUCCUCCACCACCACCUCGCCCUCUUGAUGCCUUCCAACCCAGCUCCGCAACGAUCUCCCGCGCACCAGUCCGAUACGCUCUUCCGCCACCCCCAGAAGACAUCCCAGCCUCCGAAGGCGAACUUGAAGCCAUACUGGCCCAAGAGCAACCGACGGAUAAGGAAGAAUCACGAUCCCUUCUUCCCGGCCAAGCAGAAUUCGGCUCACGAAUGCUUCACAAGUGGGGCUGGAAGGAGGGAUCUGGGCUCGGCGCUACUGGUUCUGGUAUGGUGAAGCCGCUGCAAGUCAAGCUUGAGAAGCGAAAGAGGCGACCCGACUCAGAGGGUGGUGGCUUUGUCACACCUGCUGGACGAGGUAAGAUCAUUGGAAGCAACAACAAGGGUGAAUAUGAAACCAGCAAGUUUGGUCCCAUGAGCGAAGUGGUCAAAUUAUUGGGCAUGCUGGAUGGAAUGGACCUGGAUGCUGAGAUGGAGAGGGGUGAAAAUGGCGGCUUGAUGCAGGAGAUUGGACAGGAGUGUGGUGACAAGUAUGGACCCGUGGAGCGAGUCUUCAUCGCUCGCGAUGUCGGAACCCCAGUCCCGGUCUUUAUCAAAUUUAAACAUCCCUUGUCUGGUCUACGGGCCGUGAAUGCGCUCGAAGGCCGGAUUUUCAACGGCAACACAAUUGUUGCACGAUUUUUUGAUCUCGAGAAGUUCGACCAGGGGAUUUACACGGACUAG